AAAUGGGCUCCAAUGCGCAUGCGUCAUCGUGCCCGUCUGGAAACAGAGAGGCAUCCACUUCCUAGCGUCAACCGUCUUUUCUUUUUCUGCCGGUUCAUAUAUUAACUGCGACAUUUUAGUUGAGAGAAGAGAGAAAUUAUAACACCUUAAAAUGUCGACGAAACCUGCCAGUGACGAUGUCAUCAAGAGCGUCAAAGAUAUUGAUAAAGUAUUAGAAGAUAAGGCAGAUGAUAACCAGUCAGAAUGUUCCGAGGAAGAUAAAGUAUACAGAGUCAAACUGACAUUUAUUCCUGUAUUUUUGUUAGAAAUUCUUGCGUUAGGAUGUUUGGCCAUAUUAGCAUAUUUCUUAAGAUUUGAUUCAAAAUUUCCUAUAGCCAAAUAUGGAUUUAAUCUUUGUGAUUAUUCAAUUUCACUUCCCAAGGAUCCAUCACAGACUAAUUAUUCUCUUCCGUUAGAUAUUCAACCAACAGUAUUAUAUGCAUCAGUCUUUGGAUUUCCUUUAAUUAUGAUCGCUGCUGGAGAAUUGCUGUAUUUUAUUUUUUCCAGCAAACCGAGAAAAGUUAUUCGUGCUGGAUGUAUUCAUUGCAAAAUGCACAAAUUAACGAGAAGGAUCAUUCGGUUUGCAGGGACGUAUAUGUUUGGAUUGCUAUUCACAAGUAUCCUAACUGACGCACUGAAGCUAUCUACAGGUCGGCACAGACCGUAUUUUAUCGAAGAGUGUGGUGUCAACAAUACUGUAUGUCAGUCUACGAAGUAUAUGUAUAUUUCUCCUUUUCAGGUAGUUUGCAAAACACCCGAAGAUAAACUGAGAGAAGCCAGGAUGUCUUUUCCAUCGGCAUACGCUUCUCUUUCUGCUUAUGCUGCGGUUUUUAUUAUGAUUUAUAUCCAUAACAUUAUGUCAACUCGAUCAUCUCGACUUUUACGUCCAUCACUAAUUCUCAUCAUCUCAGGACUUGCUUUGGUGUGCGGAUGUUCUAGAAUUGGUUUACAUCGCAAUCAUUGGUCUGAUGUUGUAGUUGGUUUCCUGUUAGGAGGAGGAAUUGGUGUAUAUAUUAGUUGUUCUAUACUGACUUGUUUCAAAGAAUAUCAUGAGACCAAACAUAAUCAAUGCUGCAAGCGAGAGGACUAUGAUGAUAAACGUACUCGUCCUUUAUUUUUCCGAUAUUUUCGUAUUCCUCACGUGUCCUUCCACGACAGAUCUGGAAAGCCCUAUUUUACGACCGAUCGUGAUGGAUUUCAUGGUACGAUGCCCGUUAACGAGGCAUUUCAGAAGGAUCUUCACAAGCACGUCGAAAAUUACGGAAAGAGGCAUAAAUGCCAAGCAUAAUGUUUCCUAUAUAUGUGUUAUAAUUUGACGAGAAGAUUGGAUGUCCCGGUCCAACAAUAGCGUACAGUAUUAAUAUUGUCAUCCCAUUUAAUAUUUUAUUUAUCUAAAUGAAGAUUUGUACAGUGGAGUGUGUGAAAUCUGUGAUGUAUUAGUGAGUCUUUUUAAAUGAUGAUAAUGGACUAAACUUUAUAAUGCUAUUUGAUAAAAAAAAGAAACAAAAACAAAACAAAUUCGUCAAUCCUCAGAUUAAACAUUACCUUCAAUUACUAUUAUAUUCUUUCUAAUAUUAGGAAUUUAUUUGACAUUAAUUGUUUCAAAUUAUGUGGAUCAUUUAAAUUAGUUCAUAAGAGAGUACAGGCUAAUAAAAUGGCAGAUGGGAUAAUAAAGAAAGUCUAGAAUAUAUCUCGAAAGCAUUAGAAAGUAUUGUGGAAUAUAACUGUUAAUAUUUCCUAAUUAUCAUAUCAUUAGUGAUUAUAAUUAUCAUUUAUUCGAAAGACUUUUUAAUCUAUUCAAUUUUUUCAUUCAGUUUUCGAGGGGUUUAUUCAUAUACGAAGAUCAUUUUAAUUAAUUUUAGAAUUAAUGAUGCAAGAUAAUUUCAACAUCGAAGGAAAUUUAUUCUAUUUUUUUUUUUUUUUUAAAUAGAAAAAUUAUUUUUAAGAUAGACUUCAACCGCUAAUUUUUUCAGUUGUUGAUUCGUGUCUCAAGUUUUUAAACGAAAAUAAAUUAUCACUAUUCUAAUUACAUUCCCUCUUCUAUUUUGAGAACCUUUUUUCCUAUGUCUUUUUGUCUUUUAAUUAGUUAAAAUUUAUUAAGGAUAUCAUUAAAAGCAAUUUCAAAUUAACAUCCUCUUAAAUAAACUAAUAAUAAAAUUUGAUAACUAAAUUAUAUAUAUAUAUAUAUAUAUAUAAAAUUUUCUUCCUAAAAUGAUUCCUAAUUUAUUCUAAUGAGUAAAUAAUUCCUCGGGUGAAAAUAAAUAAAAUUUCUGCGUAUUUAUUGCUGCCAUUUAGUAAAUUAUCACCUAAAUCUAUAAAGUUCACACAUUCUUAUUCUCGUCUUUUCAUUCCGUGAUAUUGAAAUAAGAACAAAAUUUAUAUUCCCCAAAUUAAAAUUUGCAUUUCAUGUAAUUCCUAAUGAAUCUGAAUUGAUUUUAUUUUACUUUUUAAUUCAUUUUUUUUUCUUUUUUUACUAUAAGAUUUAACUUGUAAUUUGUAUAAAUUGCUUAUUUUUGUAAAUAUUAAUUUGAAUUUUAAAUUUAUUAUUAUUUUUUUAAUAAUACUGAAUUUUAAAGAUUACAACAGACAGGCCCGAAAGUCAGUUUACCUUGUUUUAAGUGUUUCUGGCAAACGUAAGUUUAGAACACGUAUUUUUUCUUUUAUAAAUUGAUGGAAGCGUAAUAAAAAAAAAUAUGAUUUAUUAUUUAGUCUUUGUGAUGGUUAACUGACUUUUGAGUCGCCCUGUAUAUUGAGAUCUAAAAAAUUACGCGAUUUUUCGUUUUAUACUUAUUUAAAAUUUGAUUUAGAAUUAUAAAAAAAAUGCAAAAAAUAAAUAAAUAAAACUUUUAAUAUUUAAAAAUUAGAUAGCUUUGCUACACAAAAAUCACUGCUGAUAUUUUAUAUAAGGUGCAAAAGUGUUAAAUGUGAUGCCAAUGCUGAGAAAAAUCGUUGCUGUCCUUUUUACUAAAAUUGAUAUGGUGACGUUUUGUAAAUAAAUUUUAUUUUCUUAACGAAUUUCACAUUUUAAAACUAUAUAACUAUUUUAAAAUAUCCAUUGAUAUGAUUAUGUUUAAAUCGACAAGUUAAUAAUUUAAAAAAUGACGUAUUAAUUGUAUACGAUUUGAAAAAAAGAAUUAAGGUUGGUAAAUUGCUUUCAAAUUUUAAAUUUCAAUUGUUUUUUCAUAUAUA